AUGGAUAUGCUUCUUAGUUCACAGCCUAAUGCAGACUUCUAUACCCUUACCCAGUACACCAUUAACGUCGCAUGCAUCAACAUUACCAACACAAUAAAAUUGAUUAAUGUGCUUAUUUCUCAAAGUGCAAGCAAUGAAACAGCACGAAACCAUUACAAAUCAUGUUUGGAGCAUUUUAGUUAUGGUGAGGGUGCCCUUGAUGAUCUUGAGUAUAGUCAAAAGUUGUUAAAGAAAGGAGAUUAUCAAGGUGUGAGUAUUGUUGCUGAUGCAAUAGAAGCAGAUGUUAAAGAUUGCAUUUUAGGUAGGGAUGGCAAUGGGUAA